CUGAAGUCCUCGCGAGACUAUCAUCCAGUCCUUUGCCUGCUGAAUCCAGCUGGUGUCCUGCCUGCCGUUUGACGGUUCUGUUGCAGCUGAGGUCCGAGUCAUCAUGGGAAACAUCUUUGGGAACCUGCUGAAGAGCCUGAUAGGCAAAAAAGAAAUGAGGAUCCUCAUGGUGGGCUUGGACGCCGCCGGGAAGACCACUAUCCUCUACAAGCUGAAGCUGGGGGAGAUUGUCACCACCAUCCCCACAAUCGGCUUCAACGUGGAGACGGUGGAAUACAAGAACAUCAGCUUCACCGUGUGGGACGUGGGUGGCCAGGACAAGAUCCGUCCCCUUUGGAGACAUUACUUCCAGAACACUCAAGGUCUGAUUUUCGUGGUGGACAGCAAUGACCGCGAGAGGGUCAACGAAGCCCGCGAGGAGCUGAUGAGGAUGCUAGCCGAGGACGAGCUGCGGGACGCCGUUCUUCUUGUCUUUGCCAACAAACAAGACUUGCCCAACGCCAUGAACGCCGCAGAGAUCACGGACAAGCUGGGCCUGCACUCCUUACGCCACCGCAACUGGUACAUCCAGGCCACCUGCGCCACCAGCGGGGACGGCCUCUACGAGGGCCUGGACUGGCUGGCCAACCAGCUGAAGAACAAGAAGUGAGGAGCUGGUCGGGGAAGAGUCUGGGUGGAAGGUUGCAGUAAGUCUGUUGUGCUCACUAAAUAGCGAGAAAUCACUCAAAAAGCUCCCAGGAGAUAGACUCUCCCCGCUGAUAUUUCUAUCUUUCCGUUUCUGUACUUUUGAUUCAUCCGACUCGUUUGGAUCUGUAGUGAGAUUUUUGUUGUAUUUUUUUAAUUAAUGAUUCACAAACAAAUUGUGUCAAAGCUGAUCAAAACCGAUCUAUGCUUUUCAGACUGAACGCGUCAAAUAUUGGGACUUAAUUGUGUAACAUUACAAUAAAGGCGUAUGACUCUCCACUUCUUUACAGUCUGUGAUUUGCAUCAAAUAUUUGCCAUUUUCAGAACAUGACGGCAGAAUCGCCUCACCUUAGAAUCCACGACCGUGGUGUAAAUUGCAAAGAAUGUCGUAAACGUGCAGAGUGACAGUAUGCUAGAACAUCAACUCACAAUUUUACAUGUGGUACGCUUCUACAGGCUCAGACAAUAUAAGCUUUCACUAGCGUGGAAUUGUGCUCCCCAGAUUUUAUUUACAUGACAGAACGAAUUAGGUUCAAGAUUGUAUUUAUUUUAAACAUAUUUUUUUUCUCUAUUUAUUUUAAGAAACGUGAACUCUGCCGAUGCCGAUAUGAAUGAUCGCCUUCGUUUGUUUAUUUAUCGAUUGAUGUCAAGCUCUAAGUGCAUUGAAUGAUUUCUUUUUUUAAUGCAACGUGAAUAUGCUGCUCAGGCAGCUGUGUGGAAAAAACAAAAACAAAAGAAAGCCUCUAUAGUUUAACUGUGUAUUAUUGCUGCUUCCUAACCUGCAUGGAAAUAUCCCUCAUUUGGCCUUGUGGGAACUAAUGAAGGCUUCUGCUGUAAAUACUACAAAGCAAAUGUUCUCGAUGGCUCAGAGAGGGUUAAAGACAACUCAUCCGGCCUCAUCGAGGUGUGAUAUCCAAGCUAAUGCAGACGACAGAACAGACAGCCACUCAGCUUAGCGAGGAGAGAAAAAGAAAAAAAAAAAAAGCACUGCUGUCGGCUUUUCCUGCAGAGAGUGAUUCAGCAGAGCAUGUGAUUGGCAGUUUUUAGAGCUUAUUCAGUUCUGAAUGUUUAUUUAUUCAAAAAUCCAAUUUUUCUGCGUCGGCUUCUUUAUCCGAGGGGCUUUGCUCGUUCGUCACACGCGUUACGGCUUUUGUUAACCAGAUCUCUGUAUGUGUCUCGUCGCACAUUGUCAUUUGUCGCUCUACACACGAACGCACUGCCCUGUUCUGCUUGUCCUUCCUGUUCCUUCAUUUUGUCUAAUUUCAUCGUUUCAGGUCGAUUUUCCUUAUGCCUUGAGUUUUCGCAUAGUCAUAAAACAAGAGAGAGCGAUUGAAAGUCAUACUGCAUCAUAAGGCAUGUUAAUACUGUAAAAGAUGUGUAAUUAAAAGUGAAAUAUACUGUACUAGCCUGUUUCCUUCAGACUAUAUUUGUUAGUCAGAAUCACUGCUGCUGGUGGGAUCAAUGCUGUACUAAAACAAUUGUCAUGAAUUUGUGUAAAGUUUACCGAAAAAACCUUCUAAUAUGCAAACAAGCAUGCUUUUUUAUGUCGGCGCGCAACUGUAUAUACUGUAUGUUACUGUGGCAGGAGAAGUGAUCCACUGUUGCUCUCAGUGUAGAUAAAUGGGUCAGCAUGUUGGCAGCUGAUUACAACUGACAACAACUUGUGCGUGUGAUGUGUUUAUCUAUCAUGUUCUGUUUGCUGUGAAUUUUCAUUUUGUGGCCUUAUUAUGUCAGUGGUUUCUUUUCUCUUUGAUAACAGGUUUGCUUGUGGAGAACACGUCCAGUAUUUCGCCUGAUAUCAGUGACAUUGUUGUGGCUAAACAUCCUUCUUUCAGAGAUUGUUAUUAUUAUUUUUAUUAUCAUCAACAGGCGAAGAGAAACGCGGCCGGGCAACAUUUUGUUCUGAUGUGUUUCCAGAAAUUGAUUCAGAAGGAAACUGUUAGAAUGUGAACAGGACGUAAACACAAACUGGUGUCAAACUGAAGAAUGAUCUGAUGGUUCCUGGUAUUUCAAAAAUCAAUAAACGACCAAAUUAAGCUGA